UGGUAAUUAGGUACUAAUAUAUCAAUGGAUGAACAACAUUCCACUUGCUUUUCUUCUUCAAGCAAAAUCAAUGGGAAAGAAAAGAAGAAGAAAAUUGUGAAGUUAUCUACUGAUCCACAAAGUGUAGCUGCUCGUGAAAGAAGGCAUAGAAUAAGUGAUCGUUUCAAGAUUUUGCAAAGUUUAGUACCUGGUGGUUCUAAAAUGGACACUGUCACCAUGUUAGAAGAAGCAAUUCACUAUGUCAAGUUCCUCAAGACUCAAAUAUGGCUUCACCAAACAAUGAUUAAUCUUGUUGAUGAUCAUGAGAAUCAUCCAAAUUAUGAUCAUGACCAGAUGCUAAUGGCUCAUGAUCAGUCUAAUUAUUAUCCUCAUGUUGAGAAUAAUACACUAAUAAUUAAUAAUAACUUGAUGGACUACCAGAUGCAGGCUCCAAGUUAUGAUGACGUGGCAUUUCAACAAGUUGGGUUUCCAUUUUCAGAUGGAUCAGAUCAAUUCCGAGGAGAAGAAACUAAUAUUUCUGGUGACGCUUUUAUGUAUUAUUAGAUGGUAUUUAAGUUAAUUAUGUUGCCAAGUUUAAUUAGGAAACGUAGUAUGGUACGUAAUACUAAUGUUGUUUUCUCUCUCAGCCUAAAGGCGGUUAUGUGUGUGUCAGUAUAACUUAAUUAAAUGUAGUAAAUUGUAGGUGUUGGUUAGUUGAUUUAAGUAUGUUGUAAGUUUUUUUAGUUGAUU